GGGCCAGUCCCACGUAGGUUCCCAAUCCUGAUAUUCUUCUGCUUCGGGCUGAACCAAGACGGGGAUAAGCCGAUAUCUCGGCACUAAAUGCCAUCCAACCAUCAAAUUAAAGGACUCAUCUCUGGCCCCCAAAGGUGGCGAAUGAUUGGAGACUUGCUGGGAAUUCAUUUUGGUUUCAAACGAGUUACCGGGCCCAGAUGGGAAAUGGUCGGCAGAUGUAAUUCUCUCAUUGUGGAAUCAACUCACUGUUUGGUCAACCCCUCUUUGGGCCGUCCAUAAAUAGUGGUAUUUUGCCCAUUAAUGGGACCUUCCCUGGUAUCUCCAUCUGAUGUGCAUCUCACCAUGAUGUUGCUCUGGGUCUCCUCCCUUGUACUUCUCUGUGGUUUCCCAGCAGUACAUGGGAUCUAUAAUAUCCCUCUUAUUAGUGUCCCGAAUGGAGGCAAAUGGGGCAGCUGGGGAGCAGAGCAAAGGUGCCCCAAUGGUUUUGUGGCCAAAGGCUUCUCUGUUAAGGUUGAACCCCCGCAGGGAUCCGGCGAUGACACUGCACUGAAUGGGAUCCGGCUGCACUGCUUUCCCUUCCAGUCUACUGACAAUGAACAAACAGUGACAUCUGCAGAGGGACCGUUUGGGAAAUGGUCCCGCCCCGUAUGGUGUCUCUGUAGCCACCUCACUGCCUUCUCCUUAAGAGUGGAACCUCCUCAGGAAUACGGUGAUGACACGGCCGCCAACAACAUCAUGUUUAAGUGCUCAGACGCCCGGGAACUUGAAGGAUCUGGACUCUCAUGGGGGUCCUAUGGACCUUGGAGCCAAUCGUGCUACUAUGGCAUCUGUGGCCUUCAGACAAGAGUAGAGGAGAAACAAAGGAGUGGAGAUGACACUGCACUUAAUGAUGCCAAGUUCUUGUGCUGUGAAGGCUGAAUUCAAUAAUAAUAAUAAUAAUAAUAAUAAUAAUUCAAUGUCUCCUGAUAACAGAUGAUCAAUGUCCGCCAUACUUGUCUGUAGGUCUAAGCAAGAAGAACCUUUGAAGGUGUUGAAGUUUCCUUCAUGUCACAAAUGGAAACUAUAGACGUGACUACAACAUGUGGCUUAUCAAAUUAAAAAAAAAUAACAUGA